CAUGUGUGUUCUCCCUGCCGCCGUCCACUGCUCCUCUGCCAAAGGUGGUGAGCCGCCGGUGCCGCCGCGCCACCACCCCUUCCCCACGCCGUCGACGGCUGCGGCAGUGACGCCGGCCGGCCGCGACCUCGUCCCCACCGCAGGAGACGGCGGCCUCGUUAAGACGCACCGCAGGCGCUCCGCCGACGAGGAGAACGACAUUCGCUGCCGGGACUUCACCGAAGGCAACCCCGAAGACAACAGCCUCCGGUCGCCCUACUUCCCCAACACCUACCCCAACAACACCAACUGUGUGCGCAUCCUAGACGCCGGUCCUGGCAACGUGAUCCGGCUCGAGUUCCGCGAGAUGUUCCGGCUGGAGCCGAGCGAGGGUUGCCAGUUCGACUUCCUGGAGGUGCGCGACGGCCGCUACGGCUACAACGACGUGCUGGACCGCUUCUGCGGCCACCGCGUGCCGCCCAGCGGCGUCAUGUCGUCGGGCCGCUACAUGUACCUGCACUUCCGCUCCGACGACACCAUCGAGUACGAGGGUUUCGCCGCCGUCUACAUGGUCCUGCCCCGGCCCACGCAGAUGUCGCCCUCACCUGGUCCCGGGCCUGAGCUGUCACCGUGCAUCAUCCCCGUGACGGGAGUCGAGGGGUACGUGAACCGCAGCGACAUCGACCGCCACUGCCCUGAGCGUGUCAACCAGAGCACCCUGUGGCACAGCCCACUGGAGGGCAUGUGGGUCAUCAAUGUCACUGUUGGCUGGAAGAUCCAGUUGGCGUUCCUGGUGUUCAAGCUAGACAAGCCCAACGACUGCAACCAGAACUUCGUGCAGGUGUUCAAGGACAACACGGACAUGCCGUCGCGGCUGAACGAGUUCUGCGGUGCCAAGGCGGAGACGGUGCUGUCCGAAAACAACGUGAUGCACGUGCGCUACUGGGCAACCUCGCAGGCCAUCAACGCCACCUUCGACUCGCUCUUCACCGCCUACCGCGAAGGCAACAAGAAGCCCUGCCUGGAUGACGAGUUCGACUGCCAGGACGACACGUGCAUCUCGCGGACGCUGCGCUGCAACAACCGCAUCAACUGCCGCUUCCUCUGGGACGAGGAGAAGGAGGAGUGCAAGAAAUCGGUGAGCAUGAUGAAGGAGAUCCUGAGCUCUGACCACAUCAUCAUCAUCCUGGUGAUCUUCUGCCUGAUCCUGUCCGGCAUGUGCUUCGCCUUCCUUUACAACUGCACCCGGAAGCUCGUCAGGGACCACCGCAUCAUCAGGGAACACGUGCGCGCGUCACGGGAGGCGCGCCUCGACGCGGCCGGCAAGUCGACGCCCGGCGGCUCGGUGGCGGCGCUGCGGUCCAUGGGAGCGGGCACUGCGGCGGCGGCGGCGGGCAGCAAGUCGCCGCGCGCGCGCUCCGCUCCCGACGACUGCUACGUGCCGGCGGCGGGCGGGCUGCUGCCCAUGCUGCUGCGGGACACGCCCCCGGACACCCAGCUGCCGCCCCCGCCGCCCCUCAACGGCGACGCCGUCUUCCUGCGCGACGGCCGCCACCGCGACGGCUCCAGCUCUUCGCCCCGCCUCUUCGACGACGACGACGAUGAAGAAGACGACGACGGGAUGGAGCAGGACGAGGUGGACCUGUGCGACUUCCUGGCGCCGCAGCCCGAGACCCGCGACAACGAGUGCCAGACGCGCGAGAGCCUCUUCCUGACGGCGAGCGUGACCACGGCCACGAGCACCACCUCGCCCAGCUCUGACCAGACGUCGACGCCGCCCCCGCCGCCCCCCUUUGUGCGGCCCAUGCACGAGCGGCUGAACGCUCCGGCCGCUGGAAUGCGCCGGAGCGAGACGGCGCGCGUCUUUGUAGCUGAGGGCCCCAUCUAG